AAAGCCAAGGAGCUUCAUUACAGUUCGAAGCUUCCAGGAACGAAAGCUUCGUUUUAGCUUUGUUCCUCACUCGUGGUUUUUCGUCUUGUAAAGCCUGAGCAGACGAGAGACUCGACAGCUUUACUGCUGUUCCAGCGAGAGCGAGGUCGAGGUCGAGGUCGAGUUUCCUCUGUGCACGAAGGACAACUAUUAUGUUUAUCUCUUACUGAUGUACAUGGCGCGUUCUACUUUCCUGAAGUUAUUGUUCUCAGCUGGUGUUUGGUGUAUUGCAUACGCUGCUGUGGCAGUUAUUGGGUUACUUUGAUUCUUUAAUUUUACCCAUACCUUUACAGUGAACUAGUAAAGCAAUUUGGAUAGCUACCAUGGGUUAUGCACAGUUGGUUAUUGGUCCUGCGGGCAGUGGAAAGUCGACUUACUGUUCUACCUUAUACCAACAUUGUGUAACUGUUGGACGGACAAUCCAUAUUGUGAACCUAGAUCCAGCAGCAGAAAAUUUUGACUAUCCUGUGGCCAUGGAUGUAAGGGAACUCAUUUCUUUGGAUGAUGUUAUGGAAGAACUUGGUUUAGGUCCAAAUGGCGGCCUUAUUUACUGCAUGGAACACCUUGGCGAAAAUUUGGAUGACUGGUUUGAAGAAGAAUUAGAGAAUUACUCGGAAGAUGACUACCUGGUUUUUGACUGCCCAGGCCAGAUAGAACUCUUUUCACAUGUUCCCAUGCUUCGAAACUUUGUGGACCACUUGAGACGAAAGAACUUCAAUGUUUGUGCUGUAUACUUGCUUGAUUCACAGUUCAUGACGGAUGUGACCAAAUUCAUCAGUGGAUGCAUGGCGUCACUUUCAGCAAUGGUUCAGCUAGAAUUGCCUCAUGUCAAUAUCCUCUCCAAAAUGGACCUUGUUGCAAAAAAAAAGGAUAUUGAAGACUACCUAAAUCCAGAAGCACGGGUCCUACUGUCAGAGUUGAAUCAACAAAUGGCUCCUCAGUUUGGAAAGCUAAACAAGGCUUUGAUUGAAUUGGUUGAUGAAUAUAGCAUGGUCAACUUUGUGCCUCUUGACCUGAGAAAGGAAAGCAGUAUACAGUAUGUAUUGUCACAGAUUGACAACUGCAUACAGUGGGGAGAAGAUGCCGAUGUGAAGGUCAAGGAUUUUGAUCCAGAUGAGGACGAUUGAUGUCUUUCUGAUACUUACGUGGCUUGGAUUAUUUAGGUGGGUUAAAAAGUGAGGAAUCCAUCCCAGGAAUAUAUACACAAAACAAACAAUUUAUCUGCAUUUCCUCUCCUUUGAUGAAUCUUUUUGGCAAAAUAUUUUGAGUUCUGUUUGACCUAUCUUUGUUUGUUCAAGAAAUUGCUAGUGAAAAUGUUAAUGAACUUAUAUUAGGCAUGUGAUAGUAACCUCAUCUUGUACAUAUUUAUCACAUAGACUCUUGCUUUUCUUAGGAAGUGAAAUAUAUUUUACAGGAAAAGUCA